GUUUUGUCUGGGAAAACGAAGCAAAUGGGAAGUGUGGGACCCGGGAAACUAGAGAGCACCAAAAGAACGAUAUAUAUAAGACACGUGACGUACAGUUGCCGUGUACUACCUUGGUGCCGCGUGCAAUAGAACCGCGCGCCUCUCACCACACGAUUUCUAUUUAUCGGAUUAUUAAAGGUUAUGCAGUUGCAUCGACGCGACAUCUCCGCUCUGCCUGGCAUUGCCAGCAGUUAUCAGUGAUUUCAUUGAUUGAUGUCAGGAUUUCGUGUUGGCCUCCUUUUCUAGGACUACUCGUGUAUAAGGAGAACAAUGGACUAAACGUUUUCUUGAAUAGCUACUUUACAAGGGAAUAAAUCUAAUUUGAAAGUUGGCGCCGAGUUUUCGUGGCUAAAAAUUGUUGUUUGGUGGGGGAAAACUACUCAAUCUGUGUGAUGCUUCGGGUGUUAUAGGCGUGCAGCAAGACGAGCAUUUUAAUAGUUGAAUUUCCUAACCACUCUGAAUCGACCCGAAAAUGUCUAAUACAAAGUUCAAAAAGGAUAAAGAAAUCAUUGCUGAUUACGAGAGUCAAGUUAAAGAGAUCCGUGCCCAGCUGGUGGAGCAGCAGAAAUGCCUGGACCAGCAGACAGAGAUGAGGGUGCAGCUCCUCCAGGACCUGCAGGACUUCUUCAGGAAGAAGUCAGAGAUUGAGAUGGAGUACUCCAGGAACCUGGAGAAACUGGCAGAGAGGUUCAUGGCUAAGACUCGGAGCACCAAGGACCACCAGCAGUACAAGAAGGACCAGAACCUGCUGUCCCCGGUUAACUGCUGGUACCUGUUGCUGAACCAGGUGAGGAGGGAGAGCAAGGACCACGCCACCCUCAGUGACAUCUACCUGAACAACGUCAUCAUGCGCUUCAUGCAGAUCAGCGAGGACUCCACACGCCUGCUCAAGAAGAGUAAGGAGAUAACGUUUCAGCUUCAGGAAGACUUGAUGAAGGUCCUCAACGAGCUUUACACUGUGAUGAAGACUUACCACAUGUACCACACGGAGAGCAUUAGUGCAGAGAGCAAGCUGAAGGAGGCGGAGAAGCAGGAGGAGAAGCAGAUCGGCCGGGCCGAGCCCGUCUUCAGCUAUCGCCUGGAAGACAAGCACCAGAGACGCAGCUCCGUCAAGAAGAUUGAGAAGAUGAAGGAAAAGCGCCAGGCCAAGUACUCGGAGAACAAGCUGAAGUCAAUCAAAGCACGGAACGAGUACCUGCUGACACUGGAGGCGACAAAUUCCUCCGUCUUCAAGUACUACAUCCACGACUUGUCUGACUUAAUUGACUGCUGUGAUCUGGGCUACCACGCCAGCCUGAACCGUGCCCUGAGGACCUACCUAUCGGCUGAGUACAACCUGGAGACAAGUCGCCACGAGGGCCUAGACAUCAUCGAGAACGCCGUGGACAGUCUGGACCCCCGCAGCGACCGCCAGCGCUUCAUGGAGUUGUACCCCACAGCCUUCUGCCCGCCCAUCAAGUUCCAGUUCCAGCCCCACAUGGGCGAUGAGGUGUGCCAGAUCGCGAUGCAGCCGCCGGUGAGCGGAGAGCUGAUGUUGAGGUUCCAGCAACUACAGUCCCGCCUGGCCACUCUGAACAUCGAGAACGAGGAGAUCAAGAAGACGUCAGAGGCCACCCUGACGACCAUCCAGGACAUGGUGACCACCGAGGACUACGACGUCUCUGAGUGUUUCCACCACAGCCGCUCCACUGAGUCGGUGAAGUCCACCGUGUCGGAGACCUACCUCAGCAAGCCCAGCAUCGCCAAACGGAGGGCCAACCAGCAGGAGACGGAGCAAUUCUACUUCAUGAAAUUCCGGGAGUUUCUGGAGGGCAGCAAUCUCAUCUCCAAACUGCAGGCCAAGCACGACCUACUGAAGAGGACUCUGGGAGAAGGUCACCAAGGGGACUAUAUGACCACAAGGCCUCCCAAUGUGCCGCCCAAACCUCACAGUGGCACAAAUAGGAGGACUAGGCCCCGCUCGGUCUUUAACGUUAAGUUGUUUAAUGGCAAUCUGGAGUCCUUUGUCAAGGACUCUGGACAAGCUAUUCCCCGUGUGGUGGAGAGCUGUGUUCGAUUCAUCAAUCUCUAUGGCCUUCAGCAUCAAGGGAUAUUCCGUGUGUCCGGGUCUCAGAUGGAAAUCAAUGACAUCAAGAACUCAUUCGAGAGAGGUAAGGACCCAUUGACAGAUGAAGAGAACAACCACGACAUCAACUCGGUUGCCGGGGUUCUUAAACUCUACUUCCGGGGCCUGGAGAAAUCCCUCUUGCCCAAGGAAAGAUUUAAUGACCUCCUCUCCUGCGUCAGAAUAGAGAACCUGUAUGAGAGGUCCCUGUACAUCCGUAAGAUUCUCCUGACCGCCGUGCCCAGAUCCAUCCUCAUCGUGAUGCGCUACCUUUUUGCCUUUCUCAAUCACCUGUCCCAGUACAGCGAUGAGAACAUGAUGGACCCCUAUAACCUGGCCAUCUGCUUCGGGCCCACCCUCAUGCCCACGCCCAACAUCGAGGACCAGGUGUUGUGCCAGGCACACGUCAACGAGAUCAUCAAGACCAUCAUCAUCCACCACGAAACCAUCUUCCCCGACACCAAGGAGCUGGACGGGCCCGUCUAUGAGAAAUGCAUGGCAGGGGAAGACUACUGUGAGAGUCCCUACAGUGAGCAUGGGGCCAUAGAGGAGGUGGACAAUGAGGGAGGCACUGAGACGCAUACCAGUGAGGAUGAGGGCGAGCCCAUCGAAGCAAUUGCCAAGUUUGACUACGUGGGACGUUCUGCCCGAGAGCUGUGCUUCAAGAAGGGCGCCUCCCUGCUGCUGUACCAGCGGGCAUCGGACGACUGGUGGGAGGGACGGCACAACGGCAUUGACGGCCUGGUACCUCACCAGUACAUCGUGGUGCAGGACAUGGAUGAUAAUUUCUCAGACACGCUUAGUCAGAAGGCUGACAGUGAGGCCAGCAGCGGCCAUGGAGCUGAGGACAAGUGUUCAGGAAAAGACAUGAGCUCUCCUACUGACACCAGGAUCCCUGACGCCUACAUUGGCAGACAUAAGAAGAGGACGGAGCCCCCCUCCCGCCGCCCCCCGGCACGCCCUAAUGAUGUCAACUGCAUGGUGCACCCCUCCCAGCAGAUCCACGGUGGCCAGGCUCACACGCCUGAGAUGGGCUCCCCGGUUCUGGGUCACUCCUUCAGCCCCCGGGACCUGCUGCGGAGCCGUAACCACGGCCAGCUUCCCAUGGACAGCCCCGAGCACCGGCGCCGAACAGGCCACGGCAGCCUGACCAACAUCAGCCGCCACGAGUCACUGAAGAAGAUGGAGAGCCCGCCCAUUCGACGCUCCACAAGCUCGGGCCAGUACACGGCCGUGUUCCAGGACCCCCACCCACACGGUGUUGGCAAGCCCCUGGAUCCGGAGACCAUUGCACAGGACAUAGAGGAGACGAUGAACACGGCGCUGAACGAGCUGCGUGAGCUGGAGAGGCAGAGUUCGGCCAAGCACGCUCCCGAUGUUGUGCUGGACACCCUGGAGCAGAGGCAGUCGACCGGGGGUCCCACCCCAGCCAGCUCCAGUGAGUCCCUCAGCCCCCUCCACAACAUCCUUCUGAGGGCUCAGACCGGCGAGGCCGGGGGGCCCCCGAUGCGCCGCAGCACCAGCUCUUCCAGCGACACCAUGAGCACCUUCAAGCCGGUAGUGGUACCCCGUAUGGGGGUGCAGCUUAAGCCGCCUGCCCUGAGGCCCAAGCCCCUGGUGCUGCCCAAGACGGGCCCGGCUCACCCUCCCCCUGUACACCCUCCCCAAGACCCCCUAGACAAGUCGUGCACCAUGUGAACUUUGAACUCUGGGAUGGGAACAUGGACCAACAGGAAACUGGGAGAGGGUCUCUGACUACAUAUAGUAGCAAUAUGUUAUCAUUGUCUAUAGAUGAUAAUAAUAGUAACAAUAUUGUGUAAGACAGUAUAAGAACAGUCCAUUGCCUGGACAUUGAGGAUGCUGUUGUAAUUUACUUUGUGAGAAAGAUGUGUUUUCUUGUGUCGAGAAGUUAACCAGUGUCCAGUAAGUUAACCACAUUUAUUAACAAUGAAAACAGGAACAUUCUCAGGUCUGCUAGACAGACUGAACUACCACAAGGAAAGGAGCAUGUUUCAGUGUGACUAACUAUUUAACAGACAAAUAAUUGUCAAGAUCCAUAUGGAAAAUACUGUAGAAUCUGCUGAAAUGCCUAGCAUCGCUAGAUAAGUCAACUUUUUCUUCUUGAUCAUUACUGUAUACAGAACAACAAAUCACGAGGCUUCCUUUGAUGUUAGAGAAACUUGUCUGGUAGUUUACAAAAACUAGAGAACUACAAAAGAAUGAACGCUAAAGAAACAAAAUAGUGCACGUUGCAAUUCUGUUUUGCUUACUACUCAGCCAGGGGAACUAUGGGAAAUGUAGCUGAACCUGACUAAGGUUUGCUUCUCACUUAGAUGGACAAUGCUUAGAUUUAGAGUACCAAUCGUAAGGCUUUACUUCCACUCAGAAAUAUAAGCUGUCAAUAGUGAAAUUUCAAACCACCAUUUGAAAGCUGUUGGAAGUUUGGAUGUAGCUAAUGUUUAUAGCUGAGACUGAAGCAGGGAGGGAAAGAGUCCAGAUAUGUGUGUGAUCAUAAGGAUGCACUCUCACAUACAGUUUUGGCCAAAUAUAUUCGCACCCUUGCACUUUUCUUAAAUAAUUCCCUAUUUCUUCUCAAAUAAAUUGCAAUUGGGAAAAAAAACUUUGUUAUUGAAUUUUCAACAUUGCAGAACAUAUUUUAUUUUUGUAAACUGUAUUUUCUAAAUUAAAUUUGUAAACUUAAGACAAAUGGCCUGGGCAAAACGCACCCUGAAAUGGUUCAAGAAGAAGCGCUGAACUGUUCUGGAGUGGCCAGCGAAGAGUUCAGAUCAGAAUCACAUCCAUAACCUAUGGAGGAAUCUGAAAGCAGCAGUUGGUGGAGGGCUCCCUCAAACGUUGAACAAUUAUAGCAGUUUGCUGCAGAAAAGUGGGCCAAAUUGCCAGUUGAAAGGUAUAGCAAGCUCACUGAUGGCUCCAAAAAGCAUUUACCUGAAGUUAUCUUGGCCAAAGGCCAUGUAACCAACUUCAAGCUCCAAUGUCAAGCUCUGGGGUGCUAAUCAUUUUGUUCAUGACAUUUUCUUUAUUUUCUCAACUUGUAAACUUAAGUUCACAAACAUAAAAUUGGUUCUGCAAUGUUGAAAAACCAAUAGGGAGUGGAGACCGGUUUAUUUAUUUUUUACGUUUCUACUUAUUUGAGAAGAAACUUGGAAUUAUUUAAGAAAAGUGCGAAGGUGCCAAUGUAUUUUGCUGCAACUGUAUAUACUGUAGAUAUAAUUGGACAGUAGAUGAUGAGAUGUUUAUUUGGUGCACAACAGAAGAGUACAAAUGAACUGGAUACACUUUUGUCAAGGACUAGGCUGCACCUCCCAAAAGUUCUGAGAAUGAUGUUACGAGAUGUUACAAGAUUGCCUACAUGUUGAUUUUAUAUCGCUUUAAUUUUAUCGCAGCAUCAUAGUUCUAAUCGAGGUCUGGAAGGAGACAAGAGGAUACAACCACUGUGAAAUAUUACCUGUUAUGGAAAUCCUGUGAAAAUGUUUAUAUACUCUUGAAGACCUGUGUCGAACCUUCUUUGGCUUUUUGUCUUUAUAUUCAAGGGGAGCGGUUGAGAAUGGUUUGCAUAUAAAACAGAGUAUAGAAAACACACCAGAGCUUGGUUUACAACAACACACAAUGCCUGGCUUUCUCUGUCCAAAGACGACAUAUACUUUUACAGCAUGGAUGUUUGUUUCUCUCUCUCCCUCCUUCUGCAAUGUAAGCAUUCUUUUAGACUCCCUAAACUCAUGGCAGUAAACUCCCAAAGACAGAAUGCUGGACUGACUGUUACUGUAAAAUACCCAUUUUGUUCAUACUGCUUCUUGUCAGUGUUUUAGGAGCUUUAUAUCCCAUCCCCAUAGCCCCUUCUGAUCUGUAGGCUAAUCCUUGUGUUGUGGAUGAAGAGAUGGGCUGGUCCAUUAUGCUGUGGGGGAGAUGUGACAGAUGUUUAGAUUCUCCAUCAGGACUUUGUUAGUACAUUUAGGUUAUACCCCCUUUUGAAUGAUUGUUGUGUGCCAGAUCCCAGCUGUAUAGAGGAGCAGACGCAGCACAUGUGGAUGUGGGGAAUGCAUACUCACAUGUUCACUGAAGACCAUGUCACAGGAUGCGGGUGUCAUUGUGGAGGCUGCUGAGGGAACGAUGCCUCAUAAUGAUGUAUGGAAUGUAGUAUAAUCUAGUGAAUGGAAUGGUAUCACAUGAAAACCAUGUGUUUGAUACCAUUCCCUUCACUCCAUUCUGGCCAUUAUUAUGUGCCGUCCUCCCCUCAGCAGCCUCCACUGGUGGGUGCAUGUGACAACUAACCAUCACAAGGGAAAUGGCCUCCUCAUACUGUAGCUGUAUGUUCCCCUGUGACAGUGCCCUCUAUGGGUCUCUUUUAAAGGUGCUGUGUAGCUGAAGACAAGAGACUGAUGGAUGCAUGCGUGGGAAGCUUGCAUCUGGUUAAAGAACAAGGACUCCAAAAAGCAUUGUCUCAAGUUUGCAAUAAGCAAUGCUUUCCUUGGCAUACAAACUGCAACAGGUUUAUUUUUGUCUGUUGCCAAAAUGUCAUGUAUAUUAAAGUGAAUAUGAUUUGAAUUCUGGAUUACUAACCCUUUAUGGAUUUUGUAAUCAUUUUUGUUUAAGAUUUUGCUUGUUAGAAUUGAAUGGGAUUUUUAGAACAAAGGUUGUAGAAAUUCAAAGGUCCAAAGAACAGAGCCAUGGAAUUUGCAGGUGUCCCACCCAAACUUCGGUCGUAUUCAUCAGACACCAAAGGGAAGAGAACAAACAGGAAGGGACUACCCCAAUAAGAAACACUCAUUUUGUUUUCCGUUUUGCAACAGUGUCCAAAUGAACAUGAGCCUGUUGUAAUCUGUGUUGUCUUUCUAUAUGCCAUUAUACACAGUUAGCAGUGGAGUCCUGCCUGUUGACUGUUGCUUUGUGUCCAUGUACAUCUGUAGUAUGUACACAUGAAAGUGCCUUAGUUCAUAGUUUCUCUAAAACAUUUUCAAUGUUCUGUACGGUUGCAUUCUUAUUUCAGACCCUGUGUUAUGAGCAAGUGGAGUAGGAAGCGAGACAAAUUAAUUAAUGAGCGAAGUCUUGCAUCUCAAUAUCUGCGGUGCUGCUCGUGGCAACGUCAAUCUUUAAUAACAAAGAUACUGCUUAUCCAUUGUGACAUUGCACAGAACUGUAUAUUUGGCAUGUAACAGCUUAACAACUUAGAGCUCUGAGGACUGUUCCUCAAGGGUUUUUCUGUCUAAUAAAGGAAAUACACUGAACAACAAUAUAAACACAA